AUGGCCAAACUAGUCGAGCCCGGACAUCGUGUAGCACGUUAUUGUGCCCUCAGUCAUUGCUGGGGGCCCCCGGACAAGAAGCCCUAUGCUACAACCAGAAGAAACAUACGAAACAUUCUUUCCGGCAUCCCUGUCAUGAAGCUACCAAGCACCUUUCAGGAUGCAACUGCCCUAAGUUCGAGCACUACAGGUUGA